ACUGUGUAAUGUUGAAGGUAUUUGUGAUGCCCACAAUUUGAGUCAACAACUUCCCCCCCUCUCUCUCUUAGUCCUCUUCUUUGAUGAGCUUAAAAAUGUCCAACUCCCCAUUUUCCUUCACCCACCUUCGUUCUACAUACCCACCACCACCACAACACCAAGAACAGGGCAAGCCAGAGCUCUAAAGAAACAGAGCAAAACCCCCCAAGAACAGAGCAGAAGCAAUCCAAUUCGGACAAAUGGGUUUCUUAAAGGAAGAGAAAUCGAAGCGUUUAUGGAGAGGAAUCAAGACCCUUUUCUUCUUAAUCACCAUGUUGAUUUCCCUUCUCCUUUUCUCUGCCCCUGUUCUUCUCGUUAUUGCCGAUGCCCUUCUCUCUGCUUCUCUUUACCCUUACUCUUUUUCCCUCAACUCCCUCCCUUCCCACCUCAAAAACUACGAUUUUCGAUCCUCCCUUAUCGAUAUCCCCCUGAUUUCAUUCGCCAGAUCCGCCAUCAUUAUUUGUGUUUAUAGCUUUUGCGAUGGACCCAGGCUCUCGCGAGGGCCUUAUUUGGGGAUCACGACGCUUUGUUCUGUGAUUUCUUUGGUUUAUGUUUCAUUGAAGGCUUCGUUUGUGUUUGAUGGAGGCUUGUCGGAUGUCCGUCGAGGAGGAGGGUAUGCGAGAGGCAUGGAGGUGGCUUUGUUUAUGUCUUCUUUGGCUCUGGCUGUUGGACAUGUUGCUGUGGCGUAUAGAACGAGUUGCAGAGAGAGGAGGAAGCUUCUGGUUUACAAGAUUGAUAUCGAAGCGGUUUCAGCUUGUAAUAGUGGUUUUCCUAGGUACCAAAAGAUUCUUCAAGAGGAAAGAGUGAAGUAAAAGCACCAUCUCAGGAGAUCAAAACUUGUUUCCAUCUAACUUGUUUCACCCCGUCUUCAGGUUCAGGUGAGGUUAUGAAAAUUUUCGACACAUUUUCUUCAACAUGCCUGCAUUUGCCAACAAGAACAUUACAAAAGAGAGUGAAGUUAAACACACUGAGAAUAGAGAGAGUGCACACAAAUGUUUAGGUAAUGACUUGAAAUAAAUGAUUCUGGAGAUUCGGGAGGUGCAAAGCUUACUAACAUCUUAAUGUUGUCUAUAAAUUUGUUAUAGAAACAUACGAUAAAUUUACCUCAUAUUUAAGCAUCAAGUUUAUGUGAUGUGAAAUGUAUAGUUUGGAUUGAAACAAAUAAAAAUGAUAAACAACCUUGUAAUCUUAUUAGGAUGGUUUGUUCGGCUUCAAUACUGAUUCUUUUGUCCACA